ACUAGGACGCCCCUGGCAGAGUGACAUCAUCACUUUAUCGCACGUCAUUUAUAACCACACUGCUCAAGGGGACAGUUCUUCCAUUUCCGAUCUUCCCUCUCAUUAUUUGAUCAAAACGGCACCAUGAGUCCCCGUCAGUUUCUAGAUAUCGAAAACAAAGCCGCUCCCGGCAUCUCCUACUUCACACCCGCCCAAGACCCCCCCGCGGGAACAGCAGCUAACCCGCAAUCCGAUGGAUCGGCACCUCCGAAGCUAUUCCAGCCCCUCUCGGUGCGGGGGGUCACUUUCCACAAUCGCAUUGGACUUUCGCCAUUGUGUCAGUACUCCGGUGACGAUGGCCAUAUGACGGACUGGCAUAUGGCCCAUCUCGGAGGUAUUGCUCAACGUGGACCAGGGUUUCUCAUGGUUGAGGCAACGGCCGUUCAACCCGAAGGUCGUAUUACUCCCGAAGAUCUAGGACUAUGGAAAGACUCGCAAAUCGAGCCUUUGCGUCGCGUCGUUGAGUUUGUCCACAGCCAGAACCAGCUGAUCGGGGUCCAAAUCGCCCAUGCAGGCCGGAAGGCAAGCACGGUGGCACCGUGGCUAUCGGCCAAUGAUGCAGCCUCCGAAAGAGUGGGCGGUUGGCCAGAUCAUGUCAAAGGCCCUGCCGAUAUUCCGUUCAACGCUCAGAAUCCUACUCCCAAGCAGAUGACGAAGCAGGAUAUCGAGGACCUGAAGGUUGCAUGGGCAGCGGCCGUCAAACGAGCCGUCAAGGCCGGUGCGGACUUUGUCGAAAUCCACAAUGCACAUGGCUACCUCCUCAUGUCCUUCCUUUCUCCCGCGGUGAAUACACGGACCGAUGAGUACGGGGGAAGCUUCGAGAACCGAGUUCGCCUCAGUAUGGAGAUUGCCAAACUGACCAGAGAGGCUACCCCUGAGGAUAAACCCGUGUUCUUACGCGUGUCAGCUACCGACUGGCUAGAAGAAUCGCGGCCCUCAGAGCCCAGCUGGAAACUAGAGGACACCGUCAAGUUUGCUCAGGCGCUCGCCGAGAGCGGCUACGUCGACAUGAUUGAUAUCAGCAGCGGUGGCACCCACUCGGCUCAGCACAUCCAUGCGAAGCCGGCCUUCCAGGCCCCUUUUGCCGUCGCCGUGAAAAAGGCAGUUGGGGACAAGCUGAAGGUAGGGUCAGUUGGUAUGAUAGACUCGGCGCAGCUGGCCAACUCCUUGUUGGAGAAAGAAGGUCUGGAUUUUGUCAUGGUCGGACGCGGCUUCCAGAAGAAUCCGGGAUUGGUCUGGGCCUGGGCCGAUGAUCUGAACGUCGAGAUCUCCAUGGCUAACCAGAUUCGCUGGGGAUUCUCUCGCCGUGGCGCCGGGCCGUUCUUGCGGAAAAGAUGUGACAAGAUAUAGAGUUAUAGAGUGCGUGGUUCGUGGAGUACAUAUACAUAAGGGUAUAUGAGGAUACAAACAACAGAUGUUGUGGAUAAGGCACUAAGUAUAAAAACUAGUCUUCUUUGUUUGGCUGCUAGGAUGUAACUAAACAUAGUAGGAAAUGGCGGUUAACUCUACUCAAUUUCGAUCGUAUUUACAUAAAACUGGCCUCCAAAUAUACAUGGAUCGAGGGUGAUGCAAGCAUGGAUAUC